CACAACAGCUGUUUCAUGUUAUCAUUCUGUUGAUUAAUCACAAUUAAUUUCGUUUUUUGUUUUCUUUUCGUAAAUUUGCCCUAUAUUUGAUUAGAAUUUCAAGAAAAUUUCUCUAAAAUGGCUUUAGUGGAUGUAGAUUCCUGGCAAACUGAGUUUGAAUCUUGCAAUCGCUUAAGUAAUACCUUGCUAUCGCAAUUAAACCAGAGGGAUAACAAACAGCAUUUGUCACCAGAAUACCAGCGUUUUACGGCAGCCAUACAAGUGGGUCUAAAACAACACGAUCGAGAAUUGCAACAGCUAAAGUUUAAGCUGAAUGAGGCAGCCAAAAGCAAGACACUCACUUUGGAGGAGAUUGCCCGCAGACAACGACAAUUGGAUACUCUACAAACACAAAGGCAACAAUUGCAACGUAAAUAUAAUGACUCCGCCAGCAAUGAUAGAGCCGCUUUAUUACAAAAGCCCAGCUCUUCGGGUUCAAGAGUUGACUCUAAUGGAGAAGAUAGUGAUGCUGCACCCAUAAUUGAUGCAAAUGAUGUACAGACCUUGAAACAGCAACAAAUUGAUAUGCUAGAGGAACAGAAUCGAGGACUGGAUACUUUAGCCCAAACUUUGUCCAGACAAAAACAUUUGGCCACGCAACUUGGCCAAGAAGUGGAAGAUCAAAAUGAUAUUUUGGAUAAUUUGGCCAAUACCAUAGAAAGAGUGGAAACAGGUGUUAGUUUGGAGACCAGAAAUAUUGGUUUGGUUAAUAGAAGAGAUAGCAGUACUUGGGGUUAUUGGGUGAUUAUCUUCACUUUACUGGUGCUCAUUAUAGUUGCAUCGGUUUUGUAAUUUAGUAAUGUAAUACUAUUACUCAUUUCUAUAUAUAAUUGUUGCUUAUCUUUAAGUUUUAAGUAUUUUUAUACAUGUGUCUUAUUAACUAAAUAUUUCCAAAGCUAUAUACUAUAACUUGAUGAAUAUAACCUAUUUGUAUGAUAACUAUUUGAUCAAAAUAAUAUUUUUUCUUUCUUCUAAUAAUUAAGUUGUACUGUUUAAAAAAAAAAACUCGAUGUAUGUAAAGAUUAGUUUACAGCAUUUAUAUAAUAAAGUUAUAUUAAAACAUUA